GUGCUUCUUCUUCUUCUAAGACACACAAUAUGUACCAUUCUGGCCAUGAGUGCGACCACGGCCAAAAAGCCAACAACCAACAGAUCUGAUCUGUCCGAAAGUAGACGAACUCUAUUCAAACAGAACCAUGUAGAACGCAGUCGAGAGCUUAUAAGUAGAAUGGCUCUCUUUCCAAUCUAGCCAUGUGCUGCACUAUCACCACAGCCAUUCUCUCUUCAUUCAAUUCACAGAUUACUACAUAUCGUGCAUCCGCGUGUGCGCUUCGUGUCUAUGACUGUAAUCAGAAGCUAGCAGCAUCAAAAUGACACCUCAACCCCUCACAGCCCCAACCGCAUUCCUCUAUUUCCCCAGACUGCCCACCGAGCUCCGUCUGAAUAUCUGGGAAGAGACCUGGCCAGAGCCCCGCAUUCUCGAGCUUACGCUCAGCGAAUUCGACGACGACAACGACGACGGCGACGACGACGACAGCGACUCCAGCGCGGGCUGGCAUCUCAACUAUAAUGAAAAGAUAUCGAUUCGCCCGACAUGCCGGGUAUCCACGUGGAUCGAGAAGUUCCGGGUGGAUAACGACAUCAUUAGUUGUCGCGAUAUCAACGACGAAAAGCCCAUCGAGACCUACCACCAUGCAGUGGCCCUGUCCGUGUGCCACGAGGCCCGCAUCCACACCCUCCGCCACGCGGUGAAAGUACCGCACCCAACCCUUCCGCGCCGUUCAUUCUUCUUUCAUCCUGCUGUCGAUAUUCUCUGGCUUAGUGAGGACGCUGUCGACCAGCUUGAGUGGCCGCACUCCUUCGAGUCGUGUGGCGGACUGCUAGCGUCUAUCUCGCGAGUACUAAUCGAGGAGACAAAUAUGGAUGAGCAGCACCUGUUCGACUUCUUCGCUGCGAUGCCGGGUCUCAGGGAAGUUAUUGUCAUCCUAAAUGUCGAAGGCUCGUCGGAUGAGGAAGAUGCGGAAGGGGCGAUGGAGGGUGUAGAAGGAGCUAUAUCGGAUCCUGACACUCCUGCUGUGCUCUCUGUGGCCCCGUGUAUCCAAGAUCUAUACGAAAACGCUCGCUUACAGCAUAUGUCGCGAAUGGAUAAUGAGUCCCCGGCGCGUCAAAUGUGGGUAAUGAAUCUGCUGGAUCCAAGAAAUCUCUCGAGCUUGCGACAAUCGAUGAGCUCAAACUGCUUUUCCCGACGUGGGUAAUACACUAAUUAUGUACUUAUAAUGAUGCGGGGAAUUUGUUUUCCUGCUCUUGACAAAGGAGUAGAAACGGGAUGCUUAGAAACCGAAAAGAUGAUGGGAAACCCCGUUGGCAAACUUCAUAAACUACUUAAUUUAAAUGCUACUUAAAUUUGGAUUAUAUCCAGCCGUACUCAUCCGCUACCUACCCCGUUGAAUGCUACUUCAACUUCGCAGCGUAGGGAUAUCAUUAUAGGCAAUAUUUCAUUGAAACGGAUCAAUAGAUAACUUGUUGCCAUUGGCUUCAACUACAUUUUCGGCGGUCUAAGGGCAAUCAACUUGGAAUACUAGAAGUCCGA